GCUAGUGUUUCACUAAGCGGUUACCUCCACCUGCACCCACUUUGAUUUCUUUGUUUUGCCGUCUAUCUUUCUUCUUUCUUUAAUUUCUUCAACUUUCCUCUUUUUUAUUGAAAGAAACAAAUCAAGAUCUUUGUAGUAGCCCUUUCAAGUUUUCAAGUUUUUAUAUUAAGUUGUUGUUGUGUGUGUGUAUAUAUAUAUAGUUAUAUAUCUUCUGUUCUUUGUGUAUAGAGUCUAUAUAUCCAGAGAAAUUAAGAGAGAAAUUUAUAAAAGAGAUGGAGGAUGAGAAGAGAAGCAAAGAAACAAGAAAGUAUGAAAAGAGUUACUUUGAUGUUCUUGGGCUUUGCUGCACUUCAGAAGUACCUUUAAUUGAGAAAAUUCUCAAGUCUCUUGAAGGUGUUCAAAAGGUUACUAUCAUAGUCCCAUCCAGAACUGUCAUUGUUGUUCAUGAUUCUCUUCUCAUUUCUCAGCUUCAAAUUGUGGAGGCUCUGAAUCAAGCUAGACUUGAAGCAACAAUAAGAACAUAUGGAACAGGAGGAGGGAAGAUUAUGAACAAAUGGCCAAGUCCUUACAUUUUGGCAUGUGGAACAUUGCUUAUAAUUUCAGUGUUCCAUGUGUUUUUCCGGCCACUGCGGUGGUUGGCGGUGGUGGCCGUGGCUGUCGGCGUCUUGCCUAUCAUCCUCAGAAGCAUCGCCGCACUCCGGCGAUUCACUCUUGACAUCAACAUCCUCAUGUUGAUUGCAGUGGGUGGAGCAAUUGCAUUGAGAGAUUAUGAAGAAGCAGGAUUCAUUGUGUUCCUCUUCACCAUUGCUGAAUGGCUUGAAACAAUGGCUAGCCAUAAGGCAACUGCUGGUAUGUCUGCAUUAAUGAGUAUGGCGCCGCAGAAAGCAAUCCUCGCCGAAACAGGUCAAAUUGUCGAUGCCCGGGAUGUGAAAGUUGAUACAAUUCUAGCUGUCAAGGCCGGAGAAGUCAUUCCUAUUGAUGGUAUUGUUGUCGAUGGACGUAGUGAGGUUGAUGAAAGAACUCUCACAGGGGAGUCCUUUCCGGUUGCUAAACAGGUCCAGUCUCAAGUUUGGGCCGGCACACUGAACAUUGACGGUUAUAUUAGUAUAAGGACAACCGCUUUGGCUGAGAACUCGGCCGUUGCUAAAAUGGCGAGAUUAGUUGAAGAAGCACAGAGCAGUAGAUCGAAAACUCAGAGAUUAAUAGAUUCCUGCACCAAAUACUACACACCUGCUGUGGUGAUCAUAGCAGCAGGAGUGGCAGUGAUUCCCUUAAUAACCAAAACUCAUCAAAAAAAACAUUGGUUCAAAUUGGCAUUAGUUUUGUUGGUAAGUGCAUGUCCAUGUGCAUUGGUGUUGUCAACACCGGUAGCGACAUUUUGUGGGUUGCUGAAGGCAGCAAGGAAAGGACUUCUUAUAAAAGGCGGCGAUGUUCUUGAAGCACUGGCCGGUAUUAAAGUUGCAGCUUUUGACAAAACAGGUACUAUCACAAGGGGAGAGUUCACUAUCUUGAAGUUCAUCCCAAUCAGCAACUCCAUUACUAUCGACAAACUUCUUUACUGGGUUGCAAGCAUUGAGAGCAAGUCAAGUCAUCCAAUGGCAUCUGCACUUGUUGAUUAUGCCCGAUGGAAAUCUGUCGAACCGAAACCAGAUAAUGUGAGUGAAUUUCAAAUUCAUGCUGGAGAAGGAAUCCAUGGACAAAUUGAUGGUUGUAACAUUUAUAUUGGAAAUAAAAGAAUCGCAACAAGAGCAGGUUGUCCAACUGGUAAAAUUCUGACGAUGAACAAUGUGGAGGAAGGAGUUACGGUCGGUUAUGUGUUCUGUAAUGCUGCGCCGAUUGGAAUAUUCACCUUAUCAGACACCUGCAGAACAGGAACUGCAGAAGCCAUCAGAGAGUUGAAAUCUUUAGGUGUAAAAACUGCAAUGCUUACCGGCGACAGCAUAGGAGCAGCCACGAAUGCCCAGAACCAGUUAGGGAAUGUAAUAGAAAUGAUUUAUGCCGAACUGCUGCCCGAGGACAAAGUACGAAUAGUUGGAGAACUUAAGGCGAAAGAAGGGUCAACUCUGAUGGUUGGAGAUGGAAUGAAUGAUGCACCUGCAUUAGCAAUGGCAAAUGUGGGAAUUUCAAUGGGCAUAUCAGGUUCUGCAGUUGCUAUGGAAACCAGUCAUAUAACUCUCAUGUCAAAUGAUAUUGGCAAGAUACCGAAAGCAAUCCAACUUGCAAGGAGGACACAUCGGAAAAUCAUUUUGAACAUUGUGUUCUCUGUGAUCACCAAGGUUGCAAUCCUCAUCUUGGCUUUCACCGGCCAUCCUCUCCUGUGGGCUGCGGUCUUGGCCGAUGUCGGUACAUGCUUGAUAGUGAUUCUGAAUAGCAUGACUCUGCUAAGAACAAAAGAUAAGACGACGAAGAAGAAAUGCUGCAGUUCAAAGAACAAGUUAAAAAAAGCAUGCUGUUCUAAUGAGAAUAAGCACCAUGAUCAUGGUAAAGUGCAUAAACAUGGCUGCCAUGAGAAUGAGAUGACACACAAACAUGCUUGCAAUGAGCAUGACCACCAUGAUCACGUGGAGGUACAUGCACAAGAUUGUCAUGAACACAAGGAGCAUGACCAUGCAAAGGCGCAUGAGCAUGGUUGCCAUGACCACUGGGAAGAGGUACAUGCAGAAGGUUGUCAUGAACACGAUGAGCAUGCAGAGGAUCAUGAGCAUCACUGUCAUGAUCAUGGGGAACUACAUGAACAUGAAUGCCAUGGAUAUGAAGAACCACAUGAACAUGAAUGCCAUGAGCACACAGAAACAGGAAAGAAAGGACAUGAGAAGAUAUCAGAUUGCUGUGGCGGGGAAUUACCGAAUAAGUCUCAUUGUUGUUCAGAAUCUGUUGCAAAGGCAAAUGAAGAACAUCUGAUCAGAAUACCCUGUGCAGAAGAACGAUAUUCAGAAAAGCACAAUCUGUGUGGCUGCAAAGAGGAUGCAAUCAGGGAUGACGCCUGUUGCGCAAGAGCACCAGUAAUAGACCUGAAGGCACAGAGCAGCAACUGCCUACACCUGAACAACAAAAAUCAUGAGAUUACUGUACAUUGUUCAGGAAUCAAAAACAAGUGUGGGAGGGAUGCACAUGCAGGAUGCUCUUCAGUUGGAAUAAGGAGAAGAGAGGUUGCUAGGUGUUGCAGGAGCUACAGGAUGGAAUAUCGAAAAAGAAACAAUUGUUGUAGAGGUGCAAUGCACCCCCCAGAGAUUAUUAUUGAGUAGGGAAGGUAACAGAAGAAUGGAAAGGAAACAACAAUGACUGAUAGUAACCAUUUUUGGAUGCUUAGUCACUGAAGCAUAUGAAGGAACUUAAGAACAUCAAGAGUUCAUCAUCUGAAGCAUAGAAUCUGUAGGGAAAAAGUAGUUUGAACUUCAGGGAUGUUAAUUAUAAUCUAAGCAAUAUAUGUUUCAAUAUAUAUAUUUUUCUUCCCAUGCAAAUUUAGUAUCCAAAGCAAAGCAUGCCAACUGAAAUAUAUAGCUGCAAUAUGUGUGCAUGAAUUGCACCACAGAAUAGCACUUCCAACUAUCUAUGAAUUGUUAAAAAAAAAAA